AUGUGCCCCGCCGGCCGCUGUCAGAGCCGGCCCGGCCCGGCCCCGCUCCGCCGCCCGGGCGCAGCCUCCCCGCCGCCGCACGCCGCGCUCGAUCCAACGUGGAGGAGCCGAAUCCCAGUUUCAAACACUUGGGAAACACUCAGCCCCGCCACGCACGGCGCAUGCGCGGCCCUCCCCGCGCUGUGUACACACACGGACGGACGGACACACGGACGCGGGCACACACCGCGCGCGCACGCUCCCCUCCCCCGCCCGGAACCGCGGUGGGGCCCGGCGCCGCCCCGCGCUCCUCGUCCCUCCUCCUCCUCCGCCCCUUACUCACGUUUGGGGGGGGGAAGGCGGUGUGGGCGCGGGGAGAGGGAGGCGGAGGCUCCGGAGAAGUCGUGCCCGGAGGAGAGCGGCCCCGGCGGGGCGCUGAGGGGACGCGGGGCCGGAGGGGAGCGGGGUGCUUUGGGGCACGGGCCGCGAGGGCGGGCCGAGGAGCGGCUGCGGCCGCUCGCCGUGAGGGCGCCGGGAACCAUGUGGCGCCGCCGCCCCGCUCCGGGGGCAGGGCCGGGCCCGGCGCGGGGCGCUGAAGGGAGCGCGGCCUCUCAGCGGGCGGGCGCAUCGAUCAUCCCCGCGGCCGCUGGCAGCCGCGCCCGCCAAUCGUCUGCUCCCUCGUGGCCCGCCCCGCGGCCGCUCGGCCAAUCGGCGCCGGGCGGGAGGGAGGGCGCAGCGGGGACGGCGCUGCCCGGGAUACCGGAGGGGCGGGAACACGCGCUGAGGGGUGUGGAAGAGGGAAAGGGGAGGGGGGGGGGGAGAGGGGAUGGAGUCCGCAUGCGCAAUGCUCGCCGCGCGAGUAGAAAAUGGGGCCGCGCGCUGGCGGGCAGGGCGGAACUAUGUUUCCCGGCAGACUCAGCGGCAAAGGAAGGGUCAGUGGGCUCCGCGGGGCGGCCGGCAGUGACUCUCCGCUGCUCCCUGGGGCUGAGGCGCGGGUGUACGGCUGCGAAGUCCGGCCUGUCCCCCAGCUCUAGCGGGCGGAGGCGCUGGAAAGGGCCGGCAAGGAAGCGCUCUUCUGGUUCCCGUGUCCCCGCCCUCCCCGACCGAGUCGGCUGGCGGAGCCGCCCCUUCGGGGUGGCGCUCCGAGGCGCAGGGGCUGCGCUUCCGCGCUCCCGCCCUGUGAAAUGCAGCGGCGCGGGGCCGUGCGCUUUUCCCUUCGCGAAAUACAUAACGCGGGGUGCUUUUCUCACUGCGCGUGCCGCGGGAAGACGUCACUGCCGCUGCGAAGCGCUUUCAUCUCUUUUUUUAUUUCAGUGGUCACGGCCCGUUGCCACGACGACGGCCUCGCUGCCGGGAGGAGGGCUGCGGGCGGGCGCCGAGGGGACGGGAGGCGGCUGCGUCUCGGCUCUCGGGGAGGUGCAACUGCCAAGCGUAGCUGAGGCCUGCUGGGCUUCGGUGGGCUUGCUCAAAAGUAGAUGGGCGUGGAUGCAGAGAGGAUGGAGAACUGUCACCUGCUGCAGGAGUGCUGUUUGCUCGAUCUUCCUCCAUUUGCCCUUUGGUGUGGGCCAGAAGAAUGACAGAAAAAGCAUUGCUGGGCUUUGCAUCAGUCCUGCAGUAGGACAGGGAGUUCAUCUGAGAGUGUAUUUGGUACAGGCAACUCAGAUGAACAGUUCCUUCUGAUGAACUGCUGUUUCUUCUCCAUUUAAUAGCUUAAUCCCUCUCUUCUACAGUUAUGUGUGAGUGGGUUUUGUUGUUUCGUUUCUGUUUGCUUCGUUGUUUGGGUUUUUUAGGAGGCUGAAUUCAUACUCACUUGGGAGAUUAUAAUGGAAUUUUUACAACUCUAUUAUUUUUGCUUACGGUUGAAGGUUUGGAAACAAAAUUGCGGAAGUUUAACAUGCAGGAUGAGCAGGGUUGAGUUUUGCAAGCAUUAUGACCAACAGACAAGUCACAGUUCAGACUGCUAUCCAACAGGCACUGUCUGUGCACUGGGCAGUGUGCUCCAUUAAAGCUAUUUGGAGCAGCACCUCCUCCCGCCCUGGAUCAAGAGAUGGGUCUCCUGGGGGAGGCGGAAGAUACUUAGCUGCUAUCCUAGCUCUCUGGUAGAUGAGGACAGUCUCAUUCCAUGUGUCCUAAGGCAGGAGUAAGGGUAUGGGGAAGGGAGGUGGUUACAGACGCUGUGAGUUGAGGUGUGCUCACAGCCAUAGGCUGUUUCCACCGUCAGCUUUUAUCAGAUGCAUCAUCUGUUGUUCCAGUCUGUUAGGAUUAGUGCUGACUUUGUAUCCUCUAAGUGUGUCAGUGCUUGUAGAGUACUUCUCACUGUUCCAAUGAUUUUAUUCUACUGCUUUAAAGCAAAUCUAAUGUGUUUUUUUCUGUGUUUUGUUGUUGUUGUUGUUUUGUUUUUCCCCAGGACAUAAUGUUUCUAGAUGAAGUGCUCAGUGCAAGCUGGUCAGCACACCAGGGCCUUCUGAAACCAUCAGGGACAGGAAGAUUUGCUGCGUUCUGAGCUGCUGGCAGCUUUCACCCAUGGCAGCUAAACCUGGAAUUACAGCCAGAGAAACACGCGUUGUUACUUAGUAUUGAUUUGGGCUCUCUCAAAGUGCUCGGCACUGCACAGAACAAAGAAGACAACGGAGUUAAUGACAACUCUUAACAAGAUGUGUGCUGAACAGUGAAGACAUCUAAACCAGCUCACUAUGGAAACUGAAAUAAUGGGCUCCUGAAGCUUCUUAAGAAACAUAUCAAGCAAACAUUUACAAGGUUCCUUCGAGUGUUAUCCUUGAAGUAGCAAGCCAGUAAGAUAGGUUUCUUAUUUGAUCAAGAAGUUAGGAUUGUUCAAUGAAAAGAAUUAUGGAAAGCAACUGCAUAUUAAGAGAAAACAUCUGUCAGUGGUAGGGCUCUGUAUCUGACACUGUCUGUAACUAAGUGAGGUAUAGACAGACUGGAUGAAGAGAGAAAUUACUAUUAUUAUAUCAAAUCAUAGAAUAUUCUGAGCUGUAAGGGAUCCACAAGGAUCAUCCAGUCCAACCCCCAGCUCCACACAGGACCACCCCGCAAUCAGACCGCAUGUCUGAGAGCACUGUCCAAGCGCUCCUUGAACUCUGGCAGCUUGGUGCUAUGCCCACUGCCCUCUGGUGCAGAACCUUUCCCUAAACCCCAGCUUCCCCUCCCCUGACACAGCUCCAUGCUGUUCCCUCGGGAAAGCAGCCAUUUAAAGGCUCUUGUGAAACAUGAGGAAAAACCCAUGAAACCCGGCCCUGUCAGAUUCAAGAGGACAUGACUUCUGUGAGGCAGGCAGUUCACCAGAGCCACUGCGCAGCGUCUCUGUACUCGCAGGCCCGCAGGGCACUUCAGCAGGCAGCGCUGCGGGCGUGCUGCUCUUGUGCCGGAGCGGUGGGUGCAGCAGGUGGGGUAGCCAGCCUCAAGGUUCGGCACAGACCGCGAGGACUCUUCCUGAACGUGGCAGCAGCCGAAGUCGCUCAGGGGCUGGAAAGUGGAGGGGAAAACACGACAUACUCUUGCGGCGUUCUCCCUUGUUUCCCUGAUACCUGCGCGGUUACUUUUGGAAAUAAACAGUAGCUUAGAAAGACUUCUGGCAA